AUGGCUACAGCAAUGGGGAAGCGCCUGGAAGGCAAGACGAUUAUCAUCACAGGAGCUUCGUCAGGAAUUGGUGCAAGCACCGCAAAGGAAUUCGCUGCAACAUCACCGAAGAACCUCAGGCUCAUCCUCGCCGCACGACGAAUAGACACGGUCAAGCAACUGGCCGCCGAAAUCAACAAAGAGCAUGGCGAUGGUGUCAAGAUUCAUCCAGUCCAGCUUGACGUCUCGAAAGCCGACCAAGUUCUCAACUUCAUCCCGAACCUGCCAAAAGAGUUCCAAGAUAUCGACGUCCUGGUGAACAAUGCAGGUCUGGUGAAGGGAAUGGACAAGGCAGGAGAUAUCAAGCCUGAAGAUAUGAAUGUUCAAUUUGAGACGAAUGUUACGGGUCUCAUCAACAUGACACAAGCUGUUCUCAAGGUCUUCAAGCAGAAGGGCGAGAGCGGGCAAGGAGAUAUCAUCAACAUUGGUUCCGUCGCAGGUCGUGAACCAUACCCAGGCGGUUCCAUCUACUGUGCCACAAAAGCUGCCGUGCGAUCAUUUACAGACGCCAUGCGGAAAGAGUUGGUUGCGACGCGGAUCAGGAUUAUUGAGAUCGAUCCUGGUCAGGUCGAGACGGAGUUCUCGGUGGUCAGAUUCUACGGCGACAAGAGCAAGGCAGCCAAGGUGUAUGAGGGAUGUACGCCCUUGACCCCAGCCGACAUUGCUGAGACGAUCGUGUGGAGUGCUGGAAGGCCGGAGAACGUGGUGAUUGCGGAUAUGUUGGUGUUUCCCAACCAUCAGGCCGCAGCGACUGUCAUGCACAGGAGAUCGUAA